UUGAAGUAAAAUUAGCUGAAAAACAGUAGGAAAAGUAACAUUUUCAUUCCUUGGCAAAGUAAAAUGAGAUGGUCCUAACACUGACUUAUUGUAUCUGAUGGUCUUCUUAACUAUAUACUUCUACAAUUUUAGUACUUAUCAAAGAUUUUCUUGGAGAAAGAUAAAAGUAUUUUCAGUUUCUUGAUAAAAGAAUCAUGGAUAUUGAGUGCAUAACGGCUAUAUAUAAAAAACUAAGUAAUCUACAUGAAUAUAUUCAUGACCUUUAAAAAUAACAAAACAAAUCUGAUUUUUCCUCCUACCGAAUCAAAAUGCCAUUUCUCCCUUCAUUGCUUAGAUCCAAAAACCUUUUGUUUGUGCUCCCUUUGGCUUAGUGGAACACAAAUUGUCCUGAUUUUUUCUUCUCUCCUUUUCCUCUCUCUCUGUCUCUGUCUUUUCACCAUUAUAUAAACCCUUCUUGGUAACACCUAUCAUACAUACAUAGCAUUCUCAGUUCACUUAAGCCUUUAGUUCUCUCUCUCCCUCGUCAGCUCACUCCAGCCUUCCUUUAUACUUUCCCCUCACACCUGUCCAAUGGAGAGAAACCAAAUGCAUAGACAACUUGCCAACAUGAGGAAGGCUCUUUUUGAUCAGGGAUAUCUUGACGAACAAUUUGUUCAACUGGAGGAAUUACAGGAUGACGUUAACCCAAACUUUGUUGAGGAAAUAGUUACACUGUUUUAUAGGGAUUCAACUCGGUUAAUCUUGAAUAUAGAGCAAGCCUUGGAGAAGAGCUCUCUUGAUUUCAGUAAAUUGGACACCUAUAUGCACCAGCUUAAGGGAAAAACUACAAGCAUUGGAGCCAUAAGGGUGAAAAAUGAAUGCACUCAAUUUGCGGACUACUGCAAUGCAGGAAAUGGAGAAGGAUGCAAGAGGACUUUCCAACAGCUCAAGAAAGAAUAUUCCACACUGAAGAAGAAACUUGAAACUUACUUUCAGUUUGCAAGGCAAAUUGGACCUGUGGAGACCGCAUGUCGCUCAAGUAACUGACUCUAGUAAGGGAUCUGAUUUGGCUAUACGAGACUGGCGCAUUAGCAUAGGCAUGUAGGAAUCCACCAUUCCGGCCACCACCCUAUAGAAAAUAAUGAUGCAUGGAAUGUUGUUCUGCCCUAGCUCUUGGGUUUUUAAGCUACUCCCAUGCAUGUAAGCUCUGGAUGUUUGAUCAAUGAACCAGAUAGCUAAUUAUGUAGGAGUGAUCCAGAUUAUUGUUGUGGCUC